ACCACCUUCCAGAACACUGAUAUGUUCUGUGAUGUAUGUUGUACCUCAUACUGCCACCGAAGAGGGGAGGAGCCAACAUUCACCAGCAACUCCAGAUGUGGUUACUUGACAGGAAAAACUGCUGAAAUGUGAAGAAACGGAUUUCAUCAGCGUGAUCGAUCAACAAGCGGUGUUUACAUUUUUUGGGGUCGCAGGAUGCUGCCUGGACACAUUGUGAUUCUUUUAAUGGUUCCUGUUUUCUCGCAGGGAUGCUGUGGGGGAAACUUUCAUAAGAAAAGAGCAGGGCUCGAGCAGGAUAUCAUGCAGCAGCACUACAGGGCUGUGGAGGGGGAAAUCUUCAUGAUGCCGUGCUUAAAAUGUGUGAACCGCAUCAUGGAGGUGGUGUGGUCGAGGACUGGAGAAGGCAGAGAAGACGCAAAUGAACAGCCACCUUUUGUCUGUGGGAGGAAGGUGUUAGCUGAAGCCAAACAUUCGGGAAAGUACACAUGUGCUGCAUGUGGCAGCAAUGUGUCCUUCCAUCUACAGGUGGUGGAGAGGAGCAGUCUGAAAUGCUUUCAGCCUGAGGAGAGCAGUAAAAUCCUGCUCCUGGGUCAAGGGGGGGAAAUCACCUGCCCAGGUCUCAACUGCAGUGACAACACAGAUGUCAGGUGGUACAAGGGUAACAAAACAGUGUGUGAGAAAAGAGCCUGCAGUGUGAAGAAUGGACGGCUACAUCUGGGCCAAGUCAAGAGUCAGGACACUGGUGUAUUUUUCUGUGACAGACAAGUGAAUGAACAAGGGGCCCAGUGGACCUUCAGGAGGAGUGUUGACGUCACAGCCGUACCACCAACAGAUUUCUUUCCAAGAGACCCUCCCGAAAUAAGGCAUCCUGACGGCAGCAGAACAGAGAAAGUGGAGCUUGGUCAGAAUCACACUCUUCAGUGUGAGAUAUAUUUUCCUUUUGAGAUGCAGUUCUCGCCAAAGGUGCUUUGGUACAUGAAUUACGGCGGCAACACGAAGAAUGCCACCCUACUGGACUUGGAAGAGCCAGAAAUCAAGAAGGUAGAACCUCAAGGGUUCAAGGUCACACAGAGAGCCAUCAUAAAAGAGGUGCGCCUGCAGGACCUGGACAACAUAUACACCUGUAUCGCCAGUAACACUGUUGGAAACAACAGUGUCACCAUCAAGCUCGAGAAGAAAAUUAAAGUGAAACUGCCGUUGCUGGUUGGGUAUCCCUUUGCAGCUCUGCUGGUGGUAGCUGGGCUGGGAAUUGUUUUGCAUGGGAAGUGGCUGGAGCUGCAGCUUCUCUACAGAUCCCGCUUCCAACUUGGAAAACAUGACAGAGAUUUGAAAGAGUUUGAUGUGUUUCUGUCGUACGUGUGGAGCCCCACGUCAGCAGUGGUGGAGGGACCUUUGAUGCCUUCCUCCCCAUCAACACCUGAAAAUGAUGCCGAAGCAUGUUCAUCCGGCAUAGAGCCACUGAACUGUGAGGUGGGUGAAGCCACCCAGAGACCACUAGAACUGCUGCUACCCAAAGUGUUGGAGGACCAGUGGGGGUAUCGCCUCUGCCUGCUGGAGAGGGACAUGCUUCCUGGAGGAGCAUACACAAAUGAUGUGGUCCUUGCGGUGCAGAGAAGCCAAAUGCUUAUAUGUCUCCUGUCUGCUGACUACCUGUCCAACAGCAAUGCAGUGUUUGAACUGGAAUCAGGAGUUCAGGCUUUGCUGCAAAACUCUAGCCUCAAACUCCUACUAAUAUGGACAAGUCGAGCCUCUGCAUCUCUUAUCCAGCCAGAGCCUCCGCUGCCUAUUCUGGUCCAGAGGGCCCUGAAGGUGCUACCCAGUCUGUACUGGCCAUCAGGAAAACCUGGCAGAGCCACCAGCAACGUUUGGAAGACUUUGAGGAAGAGACUGCCUGAUCACAGAGUUCAGCUGGCUCACUAAUUGGAAUAAUGAUUAGACUGUAUAAAUCAUUUUUCCUAACAAUAUGCACAGCAUAUUGCAGCUGCAUAAUGCAGCUUGUAUUACUAUGGACAUAUGCAAUUAGAGGAAAUUCCCACGAAGGAGGCGUAGGGACGCCCAAUUAUGAUGUAUCAUUUUCAAAUGAAAUAUUUUCUUUAAAUAAACAGCAUGGAGUAAUCAAUUAAUUUUUCACUAAUUUUCACUAUCGUCUCCAUCUUUUGG